AUCUGCCUGAGGUAAUUACCAACCGUUGAGACUCCAAACAAGGCGAAUACCGAACCAAUUCAUCGCCGCUUGCAAUUAUCAGGUAGGGUAGCAGCCUCGACCGGGCUGCUUUACUCUGCACCGCCGAUCCAUUCAUGGACGCGCCCGACUCUGCUGCCGCGAGGAGCGCUCCGGGGAAUGCGGCCAACACGUCGGGUGCGGCAGCCUCAUCGACCAUGGAGAGGCAAAACUCCCAAUCCAGUGCCCACAAGGUCAGCCACAUUGCCGCCCAUCGCCAGAGCUUCGCCGAGAACCAGCGGUAUCCGCCGCCGUCCCCGCGCAAUCAGCGGCACCCAUCCUUCACCCAGCAGGCGCUCCAAGAGCUCAUGAACCAUCCGCCCUCCAAUCGACACCCCACCCCCCGCUACGCUGGCCGAGACUGGCGGGACAUUGCCCUCGGGGAGCUGGUGGUGCCCGAGGAUGUCAGAUGGGCCGACUUGGACCUCAGCGUCCAGGAUGCGACCAUGCUGCUCCUCAGGCACAACCCGACCAAUGUUGUCCUCGUACGCGAGUCACCGUCGUCCAAAACAGCCGUCUCCACCUUCGACUACAGCGACUUGAAUGCGUAUCUGCUGGUGGUCGUAGGCUUGGCAAAGCCCGAGGAUGAAGACAUCAGCCUGUAUGCCGAGAUCGCCAAGAAGGCGCAGUCGCAGGAAGACAUCCCACUACGCGAGAUCCAGUCGCUUGCGCGGAAAGAGGAAUUGGUGACCCUCCCAGCCGACGCAACUCUCGAUAAGGCUGUCGAGGCGUUCGGCGGCGGGAUCCACCGGGUUCUGAUCGCCAACUCGGCCGGCGACGUGGUGGGCGUUCUCAGCCAACUUCGCCUUGUCGAGUUCUUCUGGAACGAAGCGGUGAACUUCCCGGUGAUCGAGCGGCUGUACGGCUGCCUGCUCCGAGACCUCCAGAUCGGCACGCACCAGAUCAUCGCCAUCAAUCUCGACCGCCCCCUGACCGAUGCGCUCCUGUUGAUGCACAAUGAGGGUCUCACGUCAGUGGCCGUCGUCGACCAGGGGCUGAACGUCGUCGGCAACAUCUCGACUGCAGAUGUCAAGCACCUGACGAGUGCUGCGAGCCUGCCGCUCCUCAACAACUCGUGCAUGAACUUUAUCAGUGUGAUCCUCUCGGAGCGCGGCGUGGAACACGGCCGUGACUCUUUCCCCGUCUUCCACGUCAAUCCCUACUCCACUCUGGGGCACACGGUCGCCAAGCUCGUGGCGACCAAGUCGCAUCGGAUGUGGGUGGUCGAGUCCGCCUCGCCCUCGCCGAGCGCCCCGGCAACGCCUCUCCUCCAGCCGAGCCAUCCGGCCGCACCUUCGCCUGCGCCGGCACCUGGCGGGGCAGCCGUAGGCAGCCCGCCCCCGUCUGCGACGGUCAUCAUCCCUCCGCCCGGCAACGCCCCGCCGCCGCAGUCGCCGCAGCCCAACCAGACCUUCGCCACGACAGUGAUACCGAGUGGCUUGCCCGGUGCUCGCCUGUCUGGCCGCCUGACGGGCGUGGUGUCCCUGACGGACAUCCUGAAUCUCUUUGCCAAGUCGAGCGGCCUCCGGCCGUCCGAUCCGGCGGAACAGCGGGCAAGGAGACGACGCAGCUCGAGCUCCUCGGUGCGCCCCAGCUUGGAUAGCGCGAGAGCCAGCAUCGACCUCAGAAGGUAGACAGCGGGUUAAACACGGAUGGGCGGCCCGGUGACCGCGCAACUGGAUGAGGAAACAGUAUCAUCUCCCGGGUUUUAUUUACCGUCUACGUCUGGCGGAUUAA